AUUUGACAGUUCAUUUAUUUUCGUGGUGCGGUGUAGACGUGAACUCGUUCACAAAUCGAAAAUAAAUGCAAUUCAUUUAAAAUAAGUGUAAUAUUCCUGAUAUAAUCUUGUUUAUCAAAUUAUCAUUUUCUAUAAUAACCAGUGUAAAAAAUACAGCAUCAUGAUUAGCGGGCGUGCGUUGCAUUUCGUGUUCAAAGUUGCAGACAGGACCCUAACCGCCAAAUUUUACCGGGAAGUCUUAGGAAUGCAGGUCCUCAGACAUGAAGAGUUCAGUGAAGGAUGUGAGGCCACAUGCAAUGGACCAUACGCAAACAGAUGGAGCAAAACCAUGGUAGGGUACGGGCCAGAAGACACACACUUUGUUGUCGAGCUCACAUACAACUAUGGAAUCACAGAGUACGAGAUGGGAAAUGACUUCAUGGGCCUCACAAUACAGUCCAGCGAGAGUCUCAAACGGGCAGCAGCAAUGAACUGGCCAAUCAAGGAACAAGCUGGCGUGAAGUACCUGGAGGCACCCGGGGGCUACAGGUUCUAUGUCAUUGACAAACCACAGCCAGUUGACAAAGAUCCCGUGGUGAAAGUCGCGCUGGCGAGCUCAAACCUGGCCAAAUCUAUUGAAUACUGGAAUGGUCUCCUUACUCUGAAGAUCUUCAACAAGACUGACAAAUCUGUGCUUCUCGGAUUCAGCGAGGACCAGGCCAAAUUGGAGCUCAUUGAUAUUGGAGCCCCCGUAAACCGAGCCAAAGCCUACGGCCGCAUCGCCUUCUCCGUGCCCUUCGAGCAACAACCCGCCAUCGACCAGGCCAUCCAGCGCGCCCGGGGCAAGAUCCUCACCCCCCUCAUUUCCCUGGACACGCCGGGCAAGGCCACCGUCCGCGUCAUCAUCCUGGCCGAUCCAGACGACCACGAGAUCUGCUUCGUGGACGACGAGAGCUUCCGCCAGCUGUCUCAGGUGGACCCGAAGAGUGAUGCCGAUCUGGACAAGUUUAUCAAGGCGGACAAGUCGCGCGCUAAGUAAGGAUGUUGGGUAUGAAAGAGUAAAUUUUAUUGGUCACAUUUGACAGUUAACUAUAUGCGGAAAUAUUGAAUUUAAAAUAGCGUAUUUCACGUUUCUGUCAAAUGUUACGUAUUUUAGACUCUAGGCUAGGUUAGGUACAUACUAUGUAGUAUAUUGUUUUUUCCGGUUGGUGCACUGGAGAUUUUCUGUAGCUAUCACGAUUAAACGGCACAAAAGCAACACAUAGUGAAAAAAUCACGACAAAAACAAAAUAGUGCUUCAGGUUCUUACUACUGGUUUUUACACCUACGGUCAUCUUCUAUUUUCUUAAAUCUCUAGUGUCCCAAAUAUUAUAAUAAUAAAAGUAGUAUCUAAGCAAUUCCAUAGGCUUAUGUAUGAUAUGUAUAUUGAAAGUAAUAGAGAUGCAAUCACUCAGGAUAAUAACUUAAUUUUAAGUAUUUUUAUUGUAAGCAUAAUAUUAGAAGUACGGAUUUAUUUAGUUGAUAAGAACAUUGGUGAAGCUGAUAUUGUUACAAUUUUGAUGAUUAUUAUGUGUUUGUUUACAUGUUAAUUCCAUAAAAAGUUUUAAGUAUUUAUGUAUUUUACGUUCAAUUAUUCUAAGAAUUAUAUAAAAGCAAAUGUGAUAUUAUUCGUUUUGAACUUUUGGUUAUAUUGAAGUAGAUCGUGCAUUUCAAUAAAAAUAUAUACUUAUAAGUAUAAAAUAUUUUACAAAAUUCCUAUAAAAACAUAAUACCUGUAUUAAAAUUUAAUGCUAUCAAAAGUAAUCUCUGAUUAUAAUCAUGUAUUUAGACAAAGUAAUUA